CUUUUCAACUUGGUUUUCUUGUGAGAGUCAUGGUGGGAAAUAAAUUUUUGUCAACACUUGGCCUUCAUGUGCUGUUUACUUUAAAUAGAAAGUUGUUGUUUUUUUUAUCAACUUUCCCUUUUCAUAAUUUUUGUGUGUGUGCUGCUAAUUGUGCUAUUUUGUUUUGAAAAAUUCCAUUUGAAUUUUGUUACGAUUACUGUUUCCAAUGAAAACUUUUAUUCCAGAAGUGUGACAAACAUCUAACUGUACUGGAAUAAUUAUGCUGAUUCAGCUCUGUGGUUUUUAUAGCAAACAUGAAUCUUUAUUACUGUGAAAUUUAAAAAGUAUAAUCUAUCUUUAAGUUUCGAUAUCUUUAUAUAACAAAACAAUUUAUGAGGAUUAAAAAUAGAGACAUGGUUCAACAAAGAUGCUUUGGCCAACAAGGGUUAUUGAAAUGGGGCCUAAUAUAUUUAGCGCUUGCUGAAGUAGACAGUCUGGAUACAUUGGCAAAAUUUUGACAUGGGAGAAAAAAAUUUUAAAAGUAAAAUCUCAAAGUUGAGUUUAAAAUGCAGUUGCUGGGGAAAAUUAUUUUCCAUUUGUUGUCGUGAAAAAGAGCUGCAAGCCCGUGUAGUCCACAUUGGAUUAGGGACGCACCCAGUGGAGAAGCAUCCACGCAAUGUGGUCAGGAACCAGAAAUACAGCAUUAUUACUUUUAUUCCUUUAGUAUUAUUUGAACAGUUCAAAUUUUUCUUGAACCUCUACUUCCUUGUGAUGGCCUUAUCUCAACUUCUACCAGAACUCAGGAUCGGCUACCUCUACACAUACUGGGGACCUCUGGGCUUUGUUUUGUUUGUGACCAUGUGUCGUGAGGCUCUAGAUGACUACCGCCGUUAUCGAAGAGACAAAGAAGCUAAUUCUCAGAAGUAUAAAAAACUAACCAGGGACGGUAUAGUUCGUAUUCCAAGUUCAGACAUUCAAGUAGGCCAUCUCAUCAUUUUAGAAAAGAACCAAAGAGUGCCUGCCGAUAUGGUUUUAUUGAGAACAUCUGAAAAAGAUGGAGGCUGUUUCAUUCGUACAGAUCAACUUGACGGAGAAACAGAUUGGAAGCUGCGUCUCUCUGUACAAGAAACUCAUCGCCUUCAAUCCAAUGUGGAUAUUCUAGACAUCACAGCUCAGGUGUACGCUGAAAAGCCACAGAAAGCCAUUCACAGCUUUGUUGGCACAUUUACAAGGAGUGAUACUGGUGUGGUUAAUGAAGACUCAUUGAGCAUAGAGAACACACUCUGGGCCAAUACUGUCUUAGCUUCAGGAACUGCUCUUGGUGUUGUCAUCUAUACGGGCUCUGAGACCAGAAGUGUCAUGAACACAUCGCAGCCUAAAAGUAAGACUGGUUUGAUUGAUCUAGAGAUUAACACUUUGACCAAGUUAUUAUUCCUAGCUGUCAUCAUUCUUUCACUGGUCAUGAUGAUCCUCAAGGGUUUUGGUGGACCUUGGUACAGAUAUUUUUUCAGAUUUAUCCUUUUGUUUUCUUACAUUAUUCCAAUCAGUCUGCGUGUCAACUUGGACAUGGGCAAAGCUUAUUAUUCCUGGGUGAUGCAGCGUGACAAAAACAUGCCAGGAAUGACAGCUAGAAGUACAACUAUCCCAGAGGAGCUCGGGAGAAUAACAUACUUACUCAGUGACAAGACAGGGACACUGACUCAGAAUGAAAUGGUGUUCAAACGACUUCACCUUGGGACUGUAUCUUUUACUCCUGAGACAAUGGAUGAGGUUGUCUCCCAUUUGAAGAGUUCUUAUUCUACCACAUCAACCACCACCACACCGGUUCGCACGUCUGGUCCUGUCAGGCGUAAUGUCCUAACACGUGUGGUUGAAGCUGUACGUGCCAUAGCCUUGUGUCACAAUGUGACACCAGUGUUUGAGGAGACUUCAAAUGGAGAUGACACUGAAGCAGAUCAACAGUUAAAACAGAAGGUUACUUACCAGGCUUCUAGCCCUGAUGAGAUUGCUUUGGUCAGUUGGGCAGAAAGUGUCAACUUAGCACUGUUUAAAAGAGACUUGAACUCCAUUACUCUGCGUACUCCCACUGGAGCAUUUGUGACCUACACAAUCCUACAGAUCUUCCCUUUUACAUCUGAAUCUAAGCGAAUGGGAAUUAUUGUUCGAGACGAGGAAACAGGGGAGAUAACUUUCUAUUUAAAAGGAGCAGAUGUGGUAAUGCAGAGCAUUGUACAGUAUAAUGACUGGUUAGAAGAAGAGUGUGGGAACAUGGCUAGAGAAGGAUUAAGAACUUUAGUAGUGGCAAAGAAAGUUUUAACAGAUGAACAGUAUCAGGAGUUUGAAUCUCGUUACCAUCAAGCCAAAAUGAGUAUUCAAGAACGCAACAGUAAAAUGCAAGCUGUAAUUGAAGGCAUAGAAAGAGACUUGGAGUUAUUGUGUUUGACAGGUGUUGAAGACAAACUACAAGAUGGAGUCAGACCAACUCUGGAAAUGUUGAGAAAUGCUGGGAUCAGGGUUUGGAUGCUGACUGGAGACAAGUUGGAGACAGCCAUAUGUAUUGCUAAAAGUUCCAUGUUAGUGUCCAAACUGCAAGAAACAUACAUCUUCCAAACAGUCACAGACAGAGGAGAAGCUCACUUGGAGUUGAAUGCGUUACGAAGAAAAAAUGAAGCCGCUUUAAUCAUCAGCGGAGAUUCACUACAGGUUUGUUUGAAGUACUAUGAACAUGAGUUUGUAGAGCUGGCUUGUCAAUGUCCAGCUGUUGUUGUCUGCCGCUGUUCACCAACUCAAAAGGCAGACAUUGUAAAGUUGCUAAAGACUCACACUGGAAAGAGGACAAGUGCUGUCGGUGAUGGUGGUAACGAUGUCAGCAUGAUCCAAGCGGCUGAUGCCGGCAUUGGCAUCGUUGGUAAAGAAGGUAAACAAGCUUCUCUAGCUGCUGAUUUCUCCAUAACACAGUUCAGCCAUAUCGGACGAUUAUUAUUGGUGCAUGGCAGAAACAGUUACAAAAGAUCAGCGUCUUUGAGUCAGUUUGUUAUACAUAGAGGUCUGAUUAUAACAACCAUGCAGGCCGUCUUCUGUUCAGUCUUUUAUUUUGUCUCCAUUGCUCUCUUCCCAGGAUUCCUCAUGGUCGGAUAUGCUACUGUGUAUACCAUGUAUCCAGUUUUUUCCCUUGUGUUGGACAAUGAUGUGUCAGCAGAGAUAGCACUUACAUAUCCUGAACUCUAUAAAGACUUGACUAAGGGUAGAUCUUUAUCAUUUAAAACUUUCUUCUUGUGGGUCCUCAUUAGUAUCUAUCAAGGUGGAAUCAUUAUGUACGGAGCCUUGUUGCUCUUUGAGGCAGAGUUCAUUCAUGUGGUGAGCAUAACGUUUACCUCUCUAAUCUUGACGGAACUCCUGAUGGUUGCCCUGACUGUACGCAACUGGCAUUGGCUAAUGAUUGUCGCCCAGGUGUUUUCAUUGGGAAUAUACAUUGCCUCUUUGGCUGUUCUCAAGGAUUAUUUCGAUGCUCAGUUUCUCCAGACUUGGGGCUUUGUGUGGAAGGUGUUAGUCAUCACAUCAAUAUCCUGCAUUCCACUGUACGUCUUGAAGUACUUGCGGAAGAAGUUCUCACCCCCUGUAUAUUCCAAAUUAACUCCAUAAUUUUGUUUUUAAAUUUUUUUUUUAAUUAUUUGGUUUGUGUAUAUUGAAAGUAUCCUGUGUUAACUUGAGUCAUUGUAAAACCUUUUUUUUUUUUUUUGUUAGAUGUACAUUUAUUUCAUUCCCAAUUAUUUAUAAAACAAACAAAAAAAAUUUCUACUGCCUGUUAUGUAUUUCUCCUAUACAAUGUUUUGAGACCUUCAACAAAUUUAUCUCCCUUUUUUUUUUUUUUUUUUAAAUACUUUUAUUAUUUCUAGUUCUAGCUGAAAAGAUUUUCGCUGCAGUGUUUUUAUUUAAGGAUGGGUCUAUGUAAUACGUUAAAAUUUGAACUUUUUAAAGGGAGAUAAUCAACAUGUUCUAAAAAUUUUGUUUCAUUUAAAUUUUUCAAUUGAUUGCAUGAAAUGUAUUAAUUUAAGUAUAAGAUCUUCAGCAGAAAAGAGUUGUAGUCAAGAAAUUAUUUAAAGAUAAGGACAAAAUUGGAAUACAUUUUCCCUCCAUAAAAAACGCAACUGAAGAUUCUUAUAAGAUUAAACUUUAUUUUUUUUGUUAUACAUUAUCAUUGUUAUACAUUAUCAUGAACAUUUCAUCUAAGAUUUCAAUAUAAUCCCAUUUUGGCUGGGAGAAGGUCAUUGGUUUUUGGUAAUACCAUUAUGCCUUUGUCUCAUUCUAACCCUUGAGAUGCUAUGGUGUAGGAUGUGAACAUUCAGGGCACUGUGUCGCCAAACUUGUCUCUUUCAAACUCAUGUUUAUGUCUGUCAUGGAAAAGUGAUAUUUUUGUUUGAAGUUGUAUAUAUUAUUUAUUAUCUCAUUUUUUUUUUUUUAGUUUACGUUCUAUUUUGUUUAAACGUAUGUCAGAUCUUUAAAAAAUUGAAAUAUUUGUACCAACCACAGCAUAUGUCAAUUCUAUGGUACCAAACAAAAUCAUGGCAAUGUAUACAAAUCCAUGCUUUAAACCAGUGUUUCCCAAACAUUUUCUUUAAUGGAACGCUUCGCCUAUUUCAAGAAUGUAGCGGAACACUUUGCUUAUUUCAAGAAUGUAGCGGAACACUUUGCUUAUUUUAUAUGUUGGAUUAUUUUUUAUUUGUUUUACACCUUAAGUAACCAACUAUUCACCACAUUUUACAAUUUAAAACAUAUCUUUCAUAAGUCAAUUUUCUUAUCUAAAUCUAGAUCUAUACCUAUAUAUAGAUAAUGUGUCAAGUAGAGUAACUUGAAGAACUUAGAUCAAAUAGUUCCACGGGGUGAACCCCCCACCAUUUCACUUUCUUAACUCUUUCUGACGAUACCUACGUUGAUUUGACCCCAUUAAAAUUAAAUUCAUUUUUUGUCUUUAUAAACUUUAAUUUGUGUUAUAUAAAAAGAGCAUGCAUUCUUCUAUAAUUAUAUACUUAAUAUUAUUUUCUGAUUACAUAGAUUGAAGUUUAAUCAUAACACAAAUGAGCAAAUGAAUUCCAUAAGAAAGUGGAAAAUAAUUACGGAGAGAAAGAGUUAAACCUUCCAAGAACUAAACGAUGCUUUUGCUCAAAUUCAGAUGUUUGCUAGAUCAGUUCAAUGUUCAUAGCAAUGCUAUUAUAGAAUUUGUUGAUGCUACUGAGAAGAACUAAUACAAUUAAUCUGUAUUUAAUCUGUAUUAACAUGCAGGCCAAACAGUUAAUUGCUACAAUAGCUUGUGGAACACCUAAACGGGCAAAUGGGUUCCGCAGAAAACAGUUUGGGAAACACUGCUUUAAACAAUGAUUGUGAUAACAUAAUAUUCUGAUACUUUUUAACAAGCAGAUUGUAUGACCAGUGACGCUGUUAUAAGCAUUUAACAUGUUAUCCUUUAAAGAGUAUAAAUCUUCUAGAGGCUAAAGAUGAACUGUACAUUCUACUCAAAUGUUUCUUGACUACUGUAAGAAAUUACUGUUGAUAUUUGUGUGCAAUCAUUCAUUCAGUCAUACGUCAUUGGAGUCUGUUAGCAUAAUAUAUGUAUUAUAAUGUAGCUUUUCAUUUGUCUUGCUGCUGUAUAUAUUCAAUCAAUGAAAUAUAUUCAUUUCAAUACAUGCCCAGAGCUUAGUUAUUAUAUCUGUUAGCAGAAGCAGACGCCAUAACAACAGAUAAAUCCAAUAAUAAAUUGACAGCUUGGGGUGUUUUUAUGGAUGUGACAAUCAAAUGCAUAUUGACACUAAUUCAAUGUGAGUUAAGUAUCCAAUGACACAGUAAUAAUAACCAGAUCAAAGAAUAAUUACUUCAACUCAAUAACUUCACUUAGACAUCCACACUGGUCAUUCUCACAAAUUAAAAAAGGGCUAUGAUGCCCCUUGAAGAAGAUUGGCUUAUCUUGAGAGAUGUAGGAAGUUCAUUGCACAAGGGAGUAGGGCCGGCCUUAGGUAGUUGGAGGCUCUAUGCAAAGGAAAUAUGGUGGUCCCCAAAUGAAAUAGAAAAAAACAAAAAAUUAAGACAGAAAAAUACAGAAUUAAAACCUUCCUAUGUAUCUAUAUCUAAUCCAAUAAAUAAUUCAACUUGUCCUCUGACAAGUUAUGUUAUAUAGAUUUACAUCAUUAUAGGCUACAAGGUACUUACAAGUUUAUCUGAUCUAAUAAAAGCAGGGGAGGACUGGCUAUAUGGGCAACCGGGCAAAUGCCCGGCGGGCCGGUACCCAAAUGGGCCACGCCACUUUGAAUGACAUUAGGUACCCUAAAUGUGAUGGCCGUUCUUUUACCUUUCAUAAAAGAACUUAACACACCAGUACUUCACUGUAUAAUAGGUUACUAAACACAUUCGUAAUAAUAGAAUCACCUAAAUCUAUACCCUAUCCUUAAAGGCUUGCCUUGCGUUUCUACAAUUUACAAAUAACCUAUUUUUUUUUAUGGUUUCGCUUUUUAUUAGAUAAGAAAAAACAAUCUACUUUUCAUCUUUUUCAUCUUCUUUGUCUCCUUUGGUUGCUCUUGUGUAGAUCAUUUGAGAAGCAUGUUUGGAUAUGAGACGAAUCAAACCUUUUGAAUGCAACUCUCUGAGGGCCUGCUUUGCAAGUGAUCCUCUGACCUUUAACCUUUCAGAAACCACUGAAG